GAAGAGGCUUGGACCCCCCCCUGGGUCUUCUACCACGUCUCGUCGAUCACCUUUCUCCGCAGCCUUGUCAAUUUUGUGCCCCGCGGACUGCGAUUUGUAGACUGCGUAGUUUUGAGUGCUAUUCUAUGUGCCGAAAAUUGCGGAUAAGUUGUGCAUGUUAGAGGUUUAGGUGUCGGGGUUGCAGAGAUGGCCUAAGAUCUCCUUCAGCGAAAAUCAGCUGUCAGAGUUUGUAAGCGUUAAGUGUACAUUUUCAAUGGAGGAGGAAUCAUUAGGUUUGUCUAGCUUUAAAACAGCUUGUAGUGCAAAUAACUGAUGGAGGCUUUAAAAAAAGCUUUUAGACCAUGCGCGGAGUAAGUAAAUAGACGCAAGACGUCGAUUACAUGUUCGCAAGGGCACAAUCUGCUGCUUGUGAAAGAGUGUGGAGGAAAUUAGAACAUGGCUCAGUCAUCGGUUCAAGAGCACCCUAAGCCACAGUGGCGGAGAAAUCUUGUUCUGUGGACGGCGUUUAUUCUUGUCUUUUAUCUUCUGCACCUAGGAGCCAAAGAAGCGAGGAGACAAUUAGGAGAUGAGAUUGCUUCAAAAACCGGCAAGGAUGAUUUUGGUGACUGCCUCGACUUAGGCUUUGGUUCCUUAACAUGUGCGGUGAAACAGGGCUCGAAGCUGUACACCAACAACAUUCGUGCAAGUAUAGUAGAACAUUCCAAGCAAAGGGCAUAUCAGAAUGCCCUGCAGGCAUUAAUCUCAGAUGGCUUGGGAAUGACAGAAGCUGCGAGGAAGGCUCAAAGUAUAGCGGACCUUGCUGCAAAGGACACGAAAAAGCAGGCUCGGAGAAUAUUCGGACCUCUGUUUGCAGCUGUCUGGGAUGGUUUAGAGGUUCUUUACUAUGGUGGGAGUUUUGCUGAGGUCUCAAUGCGGGCAACUGGCACACUCUGCGGGACUUGGUAUGGAGGCGUACUGGGAGAGAAUAGACUUGGGCGUGUUGGCUAUCUUCUUGGAUCUCAAGUGGGGAGCUGGGCUGGGAGCAGGGUUGCUCUUAUGACCUAUGAUAUAAUUAAAGCAAUACAAUUGAUCACUUCAGAAGUCAAGGAUUUUGUUACUGGCGAAGACGAAGAAGAGAAGGUUAGUGAGGAGAAAAAUAGCGAGGAGUAUAUAGCUGCAAACGAGUAUCAGUCAUCGUCAGCGAAAGAUGUUGUCGAGAAUCCCAGCAGUGACGAGAGUGGAAGUGGUUGGGGUUGGGGUUCUGAUGAGGAAGUACCACCCUCUGAAGAGCUUUGAAAUCUCUCCGUAUCAUUAUUGAACUGGUUGCUGACAUAUAUCAGGUGGGCUAGUUUUCUCGCUAACUCUGUUUCUCCAAUAUAAGCCCUGUUGAGGAUGUCAGAAAAGGGAUCUAGUUUGAAAUAUUUUUAUUAGGUUACCCACUUACCCAUUUAAAUUGCUCUCAUUACUUUCUUUUUCUUUCUUGGAGCAACGGUACUACGCGCCAUCCGUGUUUAACACCCUUUCGUUCAGAUUCAACAACGAGCCGACGUUACAACACCGUGUAGGAAUUGCCUUCGCUGAACAUACAGUACAGUAUUGUUGACAGGUCACUUCUUAGCUUAUAAGCUUGUAUGGACAUUAGUGUUAGUGGUUUGGUUGCCUUUUUGUUGAUGUAGUUUGAUCCAAACAAUAACAAGCUAGCUGUUCUGCUCUUUUUUACUGAA